AUGGCGGCGGUGGAUCACGGCUCCUCCACUUCCCGUCAGUUCGCCAGCUGGAUGCCGCCAAGAACCAAGCCAAAAGAGCGCGCGCUGGCUGGGCCUGUCCCCAGUCCCCCAGGUCGGUCGGCUGUCCAGAAGUCCCAGUCGGUCCCAGUCACCAAACUGCCUCCUCCUCCCUUCUCGCCGUCUCGUUUCCCUCUUCACAUCGUCCUUUCCCUCGCCCCCCGUCUCACCACCGACGACCUAAAAUUUCCCGGCGUCGACGACGACGAUUGA